AUGACCUACACAAUCAGCAUCCGGGACCCCCGGAUCAACAUCGAACUCGUGGUCAACAUGCACACCGGCAGAGCGUCCAAGCCAGACCAUGCCCCAACUUUCGCGGCAAUGCUGUUCCGCUUCAGCCUGUCGCUCGGGCUCCCCGUCGCCGUCGCUUACAUCCAGGCCGCGGCUCUAUGCGGUUUCGGGCUGGCCGUCUGCGACGCCAUUCUCGGGCAGCCAGACAUCAACUGGUACAGAACUCUCCGGCUGCUAACGGUUCUCUGUUCGGUGUUGUGGUUCUGGGUGUGGCGCGAAUGGGUGGGGUCGAACACGAAGCCGGUUCUGGUCCUCUUCCGUGGCUAUCUCGGGGACGCACUUGGGUCCUGCCGGGCUAGGCUGGGAGGGGUACAGAAUGUGGGUGCCCCGGAUCUGGCGGAGAAGGAGAAGGAGGGCUGAGGUGAUACGUGGAGGCAAAAGUGAGGAUGCAGUCACGCA